AUCGGAAUUAUAUUUAGUUGACCUCAAACAUUAUUCAAGCGUCUUGAAAACAUGAAGUUAAUUUUGUUCCUAAUAGUGCUAAUUAAAAGCGAUUUGGUGGUACUUGGUACCACUGAGCCACAAGUGGUACUACCAACUUUGGGAGUACUCCAAGGAGGUUUUAAAACAAGUCUCAAAGGUCGUACGUUUUAUUCGUUUGAAGGAGUACCUUAUGCAAGGCCACCGGUCGGAAAGUACCGUUUCCGGGAACCAGUACCACCGAAACCUUGGCAUGGCAUAUGGGAGGCCAAAACCAUCCACAAGUGUAUGCAGUACUACCAAUAUACACCCCCUGGGGGUGAUUUCGUAAUUGGCGAUGAGGAUUGUCUCUACUUGAACAUUUACACCCCAAAGUUGGACACUAAGGCCAAUUUGGACGUCAUAGUGUACAUCCAUGGGGGCGCCUUUAUGUUCAACUGGGGCGGCAUCCAAGGGCCGGAGUACCUCCUAGACAAGGAUGUAGUUUACGUGAAUUUGAACUACCGUUUAGGACCUUUGGGUUUUUUGAGUACUGAAAAUGACCUAAUUCCGGGAAACAACGGUUUGAAAGACCAGAUUUUGGCCUUGGAAUGGGUCCAAAACCAUAUAGUCCAUUUCGGGGGAAACCCAAAUUCUGUGACUUUGGUUGGUAUGUCAGCAGGGGGUGCUAGUGUUCAUUUUCACUACUUAUCGCCCAAGUCGCGUGGUUUGUUCCAUCGAGGCAUGUCACAAAGUGGUACCAUGCUCAAUGCCUGGGUACUAAUGGAACAACCAAUGGAAAAAACCCAGAAAUUGGCCAUUCUUUUGGGGUGUCCCAGUGAUGGUAAGCCAAUGGUUGAGUGUUUGAAACGAAGGCCGGGCCGACAAAUUGUGGAAAUGGUCAAGUACUACCAACCAUGGUUGUAUAACCCGUUUAGUCCAUUCGGUGUUGUGGUGGAUUCGUGGUCGAAAGACCCAGUCUUGCCCGACCACCCUUACAGUUUGAUAAAAAACAAACAGUUGGUUGAUUUGCCCUGGAUUACGUCUUACACGAGUUCUGAAGGGUUGUACCCAGCAUCCGACUUCUAUAUCCAGGAGCAGUACCUUAACGAAAUUGACACCAAGUGGAAUCAACUUUUACCAUUCAUUCUGGACUACAAUUAUACACUUGACCCCAAAAAACACGAUGAGAUUAGCCAAAAAAUUCGGAGGUACUACCUUGGGGAGAAAACAGUCAACCGGGACAAUUUCCUCGACUUUGUCCGAAUUUUAACCGAUCGUUUGUUCGUCUACGACAUCCAGAAAACGGUAUUUUUGCAAAACCAAGUCACAAAAUCGCCGAUUUUUUUGUACUACUUUACGUACAGAGGUGCUCAUAGUAAGUCUGAAGGACGUUCGGGUACUAGUAAAGACUUAGGCGCCGCCCACGGCGAUGAUACUAGCUAUAUUUUCAAAACAAAAGUUGAUACUACUAGUACUAGGCAAGACCGGGAAAUGGUCGAGUUGUUUGUUGAAAUGUUGGCCUCAUUUGCCAAAUCAGGGGUACCACGAGUACCAAUCGCCUGGCCACAAGUACCUCAAACUAUUAGUCAACUGACUUAUCUAAAAAUUGCUUCCCCGGAUAAUCUCACGUUGGAAACGUCGGUACUUGGUAGUACCCAGUUUUGGGAUUCGUUGCCAAUUGAAGAAAACGAGAAGCUGCUCCAUGGUGUCAAAGAUGAAUUGUGAAAUGGCUUGCCAAAUAAAUAAUUAUUUAUUCUGAAUGUAUAAUUACAAAAGUACUAUAAUAAGUACCUUGGUACUUGGCAAAUUGUCAAGUUAUUUGUUGAAAUUAUUGAAUAAAUAAAUAGUUUCUUUAUUCCUCUA